AUGAUGUUCUACGGUAUCGUAUUGCUGCUCCUUUCCCAUAUAUCGCUUCUGGAGCCUAAGACUCUCAAUGUUGGCUUCCUAUGUGCCUACAACAACAGUGAAAUAACUUCGUACGUUGGAUGGAGGCAGACAGCAGGUGGAAUUGGAGUGGCUUGGGAUAAAAUUGUCGCCGAUCGAAUUCUACCCGACUACACGGAUUUGAACUUAACAUGGGUGAUGGGUGAAUGCGUGGAGUCGGCCGAUGCUGGAGCGAUUAUCAAUUGGGUUCAGUCAGGUGCAAACGUCGUCAUAGGACCUGCCUGUUCCGGCUCUGCCCUCAUAUCGGGCAUCGUUGCCAAGUACUUCAACUUCCCGAUCGUCAUCUGGGCACCGCUUUUCCCUUCUCAACUGCUCGAUGGCAGCGUUUACACGACCGUUAUGGCACCCACGUUCAGCUCACUUAAAGGACAUGUAGAUAAGCGUUCGCUAGCGCAGUCGGGCACCACGAGAGCGUCCCCGGAAAAUACUGAGGUUUUUAUCAGAGCUAACCAGAAGCUGAGCUGGUGA